AUGACAACAACAACAACAACAAGCAACAACAAACAAGCAGCAACGCUAACAACGCAAACAGCCAGCAAACAACAAACAACAACAAACAACGGCGUAAACGCUAACCAACCGGCAACGGCGACAAACGCUGGCAACCGGCAACAAGCCAACCGAGCAGGCAGGCAACAACAACAAACCAGGCGACAACAACAAUGGCAAACCUUAACAACAACAACGACAAGCAACGAACAACAGCAAGCGGCAACAACAACCAAACAACAAACGGACAACCGUCAAACAACAACAACAACAACAACAACAAGCGGCAAACUAACAACAACAACAACAACCAACAACAAGCAAACAACAACAAGCAAACAACAACAAGCAACAACAACAACCGGCGGCAACAUGACAACAACAACAACCAUAACAACCAUAACAACAACAACUUAA